AUGAACGCGGAGGAAAGGAGAGACUCGAAUGAACAGGUGGCGGAGAAUAAGACUGUGAUGCGUGGUCCAGCUCCUCCUCCGCCGUCAGGACUAUUGGAAACGAUGAUGAACGCAGAGGAAAGGAGGGAACGUAAUGAACAGGUUGAUGAGAAUCAGAUUGUGAAAAGUGGUCCAUAUCCUCCUCCGACGUCAGGAUCAUUAAAAGGGUUGAACUUGGAUCAACUGCGUGAGAUGUGGAACGAUAUGCACAUGAACGAGAACAUGUCCAUAGACCAAAAGAGAGCACACAAUGAAGUUAUUUCCAAGGCUGUCCUGUCCAUGGUGCUGAAGAAGAAGCCAUUGUUACAUGAUGAUCUAUUCUUACCUGAUGAUCUGACUAAAAUGAUUCUGGAGCACCUUCCCGGAAAAACUUUGAUGAGGUUCUUGUCUGUUAAUAAGCAGUGGGCUGCGAUGAUAGAAAGCGAAAGUUUUAGGGAAACUUACAGAUCCGCUUCGGAGAAGAAACCGAAGAUACUCUUCUCAGCCACAAUACAGGAAAAGCCCGAGUCUAAGUUAUUCACAUGCCACAG